CUGAUUUUAUCACCAGGUUUUCCCAACAACUACUACCCAGGGAUACACUGCGUUUGGCAGUUUUUCAUUCCCAUGAGAACCCAUCUCAUCUUGGAAAUCUUUGACUUUGACAUUUUUGAGAGCUCUGGUGAAACUCCAACCCCCUGGGAUGGCUCUUCAGCCCCCACUACAACAGGAAACAGCGACGUGCCUUCUCUUGAGGAAAGCCUGGACUUGGCUCUCCCUACCACAAAACCCUCUCUCCAGACCUGGAUGUCGAAGGUGGCUCAGAAUCUGAGCAGCACCAGAGAUCAGACAAAGGACUUUGCUGAUCGACUUCCAGGAAUCACCUCAAAGAAAGAAGAAGCCAAACAAGCAUCUGAAGAAAACCAGUCGAAGCAGAUGAAGGAACCCAAAGUGACUACCAAGGCUCAAGCAGAGGAGCUGCCGUUGCCAGUGGCUGGUGGUGCCCCAGUGCAGAGGGAGAACACCAGUGGCCUGGAAACGGGAGAUGAUCUGGAAGGGAAAAUCUUGCUUGCCCACCUAGCUGCUGCCAGCGAGAGAGAUGAAGUUCCAGUAGAGAGCUGGACUCUUCCCUCCACAGCACUGCCCGUGGAAACCUCCUCCAGCCCUCAGCCAGCAGCAGAUCUCUGUCCCCACGAUGUACUCUAUGUUUCUGAUCUCAUCACCUUCUCCUCUCGCUUCUGUGGGCCAAAUUCCCCUUUGAACAAGACCAUGGUCUUUGGCUCCUCUCUGGAGAUGGUGGAGGUGAUCAUGGAGCUGAUCACCACCACGGGCCGGGGCCGGGGCUUCGCGAUGCUCUUCGAGUACAGGAACAUGACGGCAGCCGGCGCUGUGGACGCUGUGAGGCAGGAGAGGAAGGACAACACGAUGCUGCUGGCAACUGGAACUGGCAUCGUUGUCUUCGUGCUUGCUUUGCUCUCUGCCCUCUGCAUAGUUUGCAGGCAGAGAACGUGCCCCAAAAGGAGCUGGUCCAACGCAUGCAGUGACCAGGAGAACAGGAUCCAGAACUCCACUGUCGAUAUCAAUGAGCUCCAGCUGGUGGUGCCAAGCCGGGAGAAUGAAAACAACAACCACUCUGUCAGCCGGGAGCAGGCGGUGCCCUCCUGCAGGGGCAGCACAGAACGGUCUCCUCAGGACACCGACCCAGACGUGCCCUCCUCCAUCUCCGCAGUGACCACCGAGACCGGCAGCGAUGAAGUGUUCAUCAUUUCUGCUGGGCCUGGGGCCAGUGGGCUGAGCUUUACCACCUACAGAAUACAGGACAAAAACCUGAAGAGGAGCGUGACGAGCCCGGGCUCGGUGUCGGAGUGGCUGAGCUCCCACCCUGCGGCCGCAGGAGCUGCCCAGAAGGGCAACGUCCCCCCGGACAAUCCCUGUCCCCGGCAGCGCACCUGGAGCGCCCGCACCUUCCACGACCUCCUGGCUCCCAUCCCGCAGCUGCAGAAGAAGUGGCGCAGCUGGACCACCAGCAGUCCCUUCACCAAGCUGGUUGACAGCGGCGGUUUUUCUACAGCUGCAAGAUCCCAAGGUGUCCCAACCAGAAAGGUAAUCUCAGCCAUCGAGAUAGAGGGAGCAUCAGAGACCAUGUACUCUGAUUCAUCUGCCAGUAAUGCCUCCUACCCCCUCACCCAGUCUGCCCAAAGGCAGAGGAAGCUCACCUCCUGCAAUUUGAAGAAAUCCAGAUUUGGGAACCCUUAUUUUGGAUUUUUAGCCAGUUCCCCUGACAGCAAACCUGUGAGGUCCUUGGAUCCCUCAAGACACCUCGGGGCAGCAUCUCCUGUUAACAGCCAAAGCCCCAAAAAUCUUCUAGAGAGCUCCAACCCACUGAAAAUCAACUUGGUCAAUGGUUCAAAAACAAAGGAGCUUCUGGUAGAAACAGAUAAAAACAAACCUGUUUUUGUUAUUUCUGAGGAAGGGGACGAUCAGCAGCCUCUGGUCCUCGCAGAACAUCUCAGUCCCUGUGGAGACCUGGCUGAGCCAAGUGCUGUGUGUGCUGUGCCAGACAGGCAGCCCCUGGCUCUGACUGCUGAGGGGAACAGUUCUACCACCCUGACAUCAAACCUUCCCCUCUGGGCAAAGUCUCCUGCUUUAUACAAAGCUCACAUGAAGGCCCCCAGCUCCUCCAGGGACCAGCAGAGCUCAGCAGGUGUCGAUGCCAACACUGCUGAGCCCUCACAGAACUGUGACCCCCCAGCUGCUCCCACACUGUGCCAAGCUCCGGUGCAGUGAUGCCCCUGGAACAUCAGUUCACCAAAAGAGAGGCAACAGGGACUUGAGCAGAGCAGAAGCUGUGCCAAGCAGCUGAGGGUGGCAGUCACAGGUGGAUGCAGCUUUGUUAAGAGCAGUCUUUGCUCCCCACACGGGGGGACUGAGAUGAUGAGGAUACAAACCAGAGCACAGCACAGGUGCCGUUGUCCCUUGGGCUCUCUGACCUCCUCCCUGCUCUUCUGCAUGACAACUUGGUGUGGGGUUUGUACAAGAAAGCAUCCUCUGAACAGGUACUUCAGGCUGCAGGAACCCUUCUCUGGAGUAGGAAUGGAAAUCACCUGGGAUGGUUUGUAUCUGAAAUGGAAAUCAGUCCCCUGCCCCUGUGGUGUCACUGGAGUCUUUCUGUUGGGAGCUCUGAGCUGACUUCUGUUUAUAGCCAUGCCUGUACAAUCCAAGGGGAGGAAUUCAAUCGUGCAUGUUUGCAUACAAUUCUGUAAACUUCAUUUUAAGCAUUUCAUAACUUCUGCACUCUAGCACAACGCUUACCAAGCAUCAGCAUCUCUUAUUAAAGACCAUGAUUAGCUCAUAGCCUAACUCUUUAGAGCAGUGCACAGACAAGCUGAGCAACCCAACACCAGAUGCUUGUUCUAUAAAAGUCUGAUGUAGCUUUAUCUUUGUUGGAUCCACACAGGCUUAGAACACCUCAGUCCACCCCAUUCAGUGACUCCUCAUGGCAACAGGAGCAUGUGUACAAAAACACUGAAAUACUGGGAAUAGUCUUCAGCAUCCAGCCCUUGGAUGUUUGCAGCUGCUCUGAUCCUAAAUCCACCAGCUAUUUAUUGCUGGUAACGCACACUGACUGCAGAACCAUUUCCCUCCCUUGAGCAGGCAAGAUUUAAAAGACAAAAUUAAAUGGGGCAAACUUUGAGUGCUUUCUUUGGAAAUUAAGUGGCUGUGCCUCCCCGAGCACCAAGCCAGGGUGCUCCAUGGAACACUGAACCAAAGGGAAGCCUGCUAGUCUCACUGCCUUUAAAAACCCCAUCAGUGUUUUAAUUGCCUCCUGGUGAUAUUGUCCCAUCUCUGCAAGAAUCCUGCAUGUUUGGCCCACAAUUUGGAAUUAUUUUGCUUUCUCAAAUGAAAAAAAAAAAUUCCCCCUGAAGCUGUAUUUUGUGGCUGACACAGCACAUUGUUUUAAAGCAAUAGCAUGUCCCAGAACAGGUGUCAGAAAGAAAUCUUCCACCAGUCUUCCCCUGCCUUGGCCACAGGGUGCACCCAGU